GGCAUAAGGUUUCCGGUGUUAUGGCGACCACUGGGAAACAUCAUCGCUUCAGUCAGGAGAAUAGCAGGCUGUGCAUUCAGAGUGCUGUGAAGAGAGGCGGCUAUCUCACAUGUCUGUGUGAUUCUGACUAUGCUGCUCUUGGUAGCGCUGGGCAUUGUUUUUUCUUUCACUGUGGUCAUCACUGAGAAGGCUGAGAACACCAACCACAAACCACCACCAGUACCACUGCUCAGCUACAGCAGGAUCUCCCUGCCGCCAGAGCACGUACCCUACUUCCUCUACAGCAACAAGAGAGUCGCCAAGCAAUGCCGCCUGGACCCACUCUGCCCUUUUAAAGAUGCACUGCAGGAUCUGUCUGCCUGUUGGGGAUACGAGAAGAACUGUGAUCCAGGAAAGCGCUUUAACUACCCAGUCUGUGACAAAGCCGACUCAGGAUGGGCCCGUUCUCUGGAGGCAGCCCAGGAGCUUUUCUGGAAGCAGGCUGAUUUUGGUUACGUCAAGGAGCGUCUCUCUGAGCUCAAAACACUCUGCAAGGCCAGCAAGCCAGGGGACUCAUCAUUAAAAUGCAGUAGCCACACUCGCUUCUGUAAGGCGACCAACCUUUACCUGGACUUGCGUAAGCCACGCAGAAGUCAUGAGAGGUACAAGGAGGACUUCAUUCAAGAGGGUGAGAUUGGAGGUAGCUGCAGACUGAACAAACGAGCCCUUGCUGUCGAGGGAGAGCACAAGAGCCCCUUGCAAUCUUGGUAUGCUGAGCUGCAGACAUACACAGAGCUGGACUUCCAUCCCAUAGAGGAUGGACACUGUGACCUUGUCAUUGAAAAGCCCACUGUUUUCAUGAAACUAGACGCUGGUGUGAACAUGUACCACCAUUUCUGUGACUUUGUCAACCUCUACAUCUCCCAGCACAUCAACAACUCCUUCAGUUUAGAUGUCAACAUCGUCAUGUGGGACACGAGUUUUUAUGGUUAUGGAGAUCUGUUCGAUGAUACAUGGAGGGCCUUCUCAGAGUAUGACAUCAUCCACCUUAAGACCUAUGACUCAAAAAGAGUUUGUUUCAAAGAUGCCUUCUUCUCCCUCCUCCCGAGAAUGAGAUACGGCCUCUUUUACAACACGCCUCUUAUCUCAGACUGCCACAGUGAAGGAUUGUUUAGGGCGUUCUCCCAGCAUGUCCUCCAUCGACUGAACAUCCUGCAGGAUGGACCAAAGGAGGGGCGUGUUCGUGUCACCCUGCUGGCUCGCAGCACAGAAUACAGAAGGAUAUUAAACCAAGUGGAGCUGGUAAAUGCCCUCAAGACUGUGCCUUUACUGGAGGUCAAUGUGGUGGACUACAAAUAUAAGGAUGUUCCCUUCCUGAUGCAGUUGAGGAUCACCCACAACUCUGACAUCUUUAUAGGGAUGCACGGGGCGGGUCUCACACACCUCCUCUUCCUCCCUGACUGGGCUGUCAUCUUUGAGCUAUAUAAUUGUCAGGAUGAGAGCUGCUAUCGAGAUUUGGCUCGGCUGCGGGGCAUUCGAUACGUGACUUGGCAGAAAAUGGACAAAGUGCUCCCACAGGACAAGGGUCACCAUCCAACCCUUGGGGACCAUCCAAAGUUUACCAACUACUCCUUUGAUGUGGGGGAGUUCAUGCGCCUCGUGCUGGAGGCAGCUGAUUACGUCACACACCAUCCCAAAUGGCAGCGUCGCACCCUUCAUGAUGAACUCUAGAGUCUCUGUGAGUGUGGGACACCGCCGCUGCUGGAGAACUUUUCACAUGUGAUCAAAAGACCUCUUCACAUUGGCAAAAUACUUUUUAGAAGUUACCUCAUCCAUCAGUGGUCUGGUUGAGUAUUUGUCACCUCCUGUCUGCUGCUUUGAUGAUAGGUCCUGGAUGAGUGAAAGCAAUAUGGCGGACAACUCGGAGUUGAAUAGCUUCCACCGGCUCUAUUAGUGUCAAAUCAGUUAAAGGACAAGUUGCGUGCAGUUGAAGCAUCUGGAGCGCGAUAAGAUGUGUCCUAUGUUUCUUCAUUACCUCCGCUGCGUCUACUUCAUUCCAUGCCGACAAAGUUGCCUAAUGAGCAGCUGUUACGGCGUCCCUUCACAUGCGACAUCUUGUCACAUUUGAUCAGUGUCACCUUGAUGCAAGCCUCUUCAGAGCUGUUGACAAUCACACCAGAGUUUCUGAGCACACCCAGCGUACACCUUUCUAAUAUGACGUGCAGUAUUCACAUGCUGGAUUCACGCCUGUAGUUCUAGACUUAGACUGUUUUUGCAGUUUGUUUGACACGUGAAUUGAGGUUAGACUCAUCACACACAUUAAUAGACAAAAGGUAGGUAAGACACUCCCACUGCCAUGAGGGAUUUUCUUUUAUAUCAGUAUUUGCGUUUGUAUCUGUACAAGCACAACGAUACUUUUAAACACUUUAACUGUAAAUACUGUAAAUGUGAAGUCAAAUAUUUGUCAGUACAGUUCAGCACUCCAUUGUUUCAUGUAACGUGGUGAAAAUAAUGCAUUUGUCAGCUAAAGAUCAAAAAUAUAUGCAAGACUUUUUAACAUUAAUUAACUUAAAUGUAUGUAUGUCAUGUUGGUCUAAUGGACAGAUGUCUGUUUUUAUUAUUAAUUCCUUUGCAUUUUACCAAAGGAAACACAUUGUCAUUAUGGUCAAACGAUGAGGGUGCUGCUGUUGUCUGUUACCUUUUGAAUCCUGUUUAUAUUUUCCAGUAACUGCGCCUGAGUUGGAUUCAGCAUUUUCGUACUGUGUGAUGUAAUGCACCGGAGUUAUCUGAGCGAUCAGAAGAUCAUUUUCGUGUUUCUCGGCCUCUGCGUCAGCUUGAUGUUUUAUUUAUCGAUGAAACCACGUUGAACUCAGUCAGACCUUUUCGGUCAGGGCUUUUGCUCGACUUGUAGGCAAUUUCAUAUUCAAAAGCUGUGUAAUAUUUUUG